CAAGAGGCUUGCGCUCACUACGUCAACCAUCAGGAGCACAAAUCGCUUGCGAUAUUGCGGCAAUUUUAAUAUCGGUUCUAAGAUGGCACCAGGUGGCCGUGCUGGAUUUCGCGGGGGCUCCAGCCGAGGAGGACCCAGUCGCGGAGGGAGCAGGGGAAGGGGGUCAUCUCGAGGGAGAGGAGGACGAGGAAGGGGAAGGACAGUGGCGCAACAACCUCGGAGUGCCCGAUUCGAUGAUAAACGGCUAGAAGAAAAGGAUGAAUCCGAGAGUGAGGAGGAGAGCGAGAGCCCUUCCGAGGAUGAAUCAGAUGUCAUGGAGGUGGACUCUGACGAGGAGGAUGAGGAGGAGGCUCAGUCCGCUCAACCUUACCUGAGUCUCAUGCGAAGUCUCGUGGAGAGCGCCCCGAAGGCGAAGCGGCGGAAACUGGAUCACGCUUCAGCAGAGGACCCAGACGCAAAACCGGAAGCGGCAUUAGAAGCCGCCGACGACGAGGAGGAUGGAGAGGAGCGGGAUGUUGACUUUGUUGAGGAGCCAGAAGAGGACCCGACAAACGUGGCACCAGAGGAUCUAUUCGACGAGGACGACGACCUGGACAUCUCCGACCCGUUCGAGGUGCACUUUGCGGACCCCAAAGAAGACGAACUGCGGCCACGACUGGAAGCCAUCCAGGGGAACAAGUGGCGCAUGGAACGGAUAGCAGCCAAAUCGACGAGGAUCUUCUUCAACGCUCCCGACGCUGGGGAUACGGCAACAAAACCACUUCCAGCACCAGUAUCGGGCAUUUCGGACCUCAAACUCAAGAAGAGACUACAAGAGGCCAUGGCUCCCAAACAUCCCAAGUUUGACCAGGCUGAGCAGACAAUAGCGCCGCUGCUCUUUAACUACCAGGAUAUGCUCUACUGCAACCGGACGGUCGCGGGGUCACAGGGAAUCAGGCGGAUGGCCUCACUGCAUGCCCUUAACCACGUCUUCAAGACCCGUGACCGAAUCGUCAAGAAUAACGCCAGGCUUUCCAGGGCGGACGGCAACGAGGAUCUGGAGCUGAGAGACCAAGGCUUCACACGACCCAAGGUGCUGAUGCUCCUUCCGACGAGGCAAUCGUGCGUCAAGAUGGUCGACAUGAUCGUCUCCAUCUGCGAGCCAGACCAGCAGGAAAACCGAAAGCGGUUCGAAGACGGCUACAUCGACAAGCAAUCCAAAUUCUCCAAUGACAAGCCCGACGACUUCAAGGACCUCUUUUCGGGUAGCGACGACGACAUGUUCCGGCUAGGCAUGAAGUUUACGCGCAAGACAAUCAAGUACUUUUCACAGUUCUACAACUCAGACAUCAUCUUCGCCAGCCCGCUCGGUCUCCGCAUGGCCAUCGGUUCCGAAGAGGAGAAGAAACUGGACUUCGACUUCCUCAGCUCCAUCGAGCUUGUCAUCGUCGAUCAAGCCGACGCCCUGCUCAUGCAAAACUGGGAGCACGUAGAGUUCAUCUUCGAGCAUCUCAACAUCCAACCCAAGGACGCGCACGGCUGCGAUUUCAGCCGCGUCCGCAGCUGGUACCUGGACGACCAGGCCAAGCACUUCCGGCAGACGGCCAUCUUCAGCGCCUUCAACACGCCCGAGCUGGCCGAGCUGCUGCGGACGCACUGCCACAACUGGGCGGGAAAAGCCCGCCUACAGCAGGAGUCGACGGGCACGAUCCAGUACCUACCUGUCAAGGCGCGGCAGACGUUCAGCCGGUUCGACGCGGCGUCGAUCGCGGCGGACCCGGACGCGCGGUUCGCCUACUUCACCAAGGCGAUCGUGCCGAUGCUGGCGCGGCACCGGGGGCGGGACGCGGCGGGCACGCUCGUCUUCAUCCCGUCGUACCUCGACUUUGUGCGCGUGCGCAACUACUUCGCCAACAGCCCGGCCGUCGAGAACGUCUCGUUCGGCACCAUCUCCGAGUACGCCGACGUGCCCGAGGCGUCGCGCGCGCGCUCCCACUUCCUCAAUGGUCGCCACAAGGUGCUGCUGUACACGGAGCGCGCGCACCACUUCAGGCGCUACCAGAUUAAGGGGGUCAAGCGCGUGGUCAUGUACGCGCUGCCGGACAAUCCGCUCUUUUACCAGGAGAUCGCGGGCGGGUAUCUGCAGAAGAGCGAACAGUCGCUACUGGUGGAGCACGGACAGGGGGUGGUGAGGGUGAUGUUUUCCAAGUAUGAUGUGAUGAAGCUGGAGCGGAUUGUCGGGACGUCGAGGGUCGGCAAGAUGAUCCACGACCAGGGGGAUACCUUUGAUUUUGUGUAGAGGGCCGAUUUAUGUUCCAUAGUUUGUUUUGAUGUCGCGUUUACCAACCAACGCAUGCCGAGUAAUACAGCAAAAGUACCAUGCUCCCAUAUCUUACAUCAAUUCAUGACGUACAGCUCUUAUAUGUGUGAGGGGUACCCUCCGAUCCUACCCAGUACCACAACACACCUCUUCCCAACUACCCCUU